AAAGACUGAAAUAACAGUAGCGAGGCUAUAUACAGUAGCGAGGCUAUAACUCAGACAUGUAAUGUUAACUGACUGAUGAUAUUCUAUGCAUAAGAUCUCCUAAGCCUGUGUUAACCUCAGACAUUAUUUUCUAUGUUUAUCCCAAAACGCUAUUCUUUCCCCAUUUAAUUUCCCCAAUAGGAAUGGCUGAUCGAACCAGAGGUUAGAGUGUGUUUAUUAUGUAGUGUUGUUGUGUGUAACACAUUGGUGUAACAGGGAGUUUUGUGUUGGUGUGUGUGAUUGCUAACAUCGAGCAAGUCCUUUCCCUACCACAGGAUAGACAUGUUUGUGUUUCAGUGGUGGGAACAAUUCUGUAAUUUUGUGAAAAUGGUACUCCAUCUCCCAGAUUAACUCAAUUGACAUGGAAUUGAGCCCAAAUCACCUAGAUAUGUUGUUUUACAUCUCCUAGAUGUGUGGUUCAGGACCAUCUCCAGUUAGAAUCCAUCAGCCUACGUCACCCUGUGCUGUAACCUGGGUGAUAUAGACCAUCCACACUCUCUCUCACACACACAGGCACGCUUGUACCAUCUCAGCUCACCUCUCUCUCUCACACGCACACCCCAGUCUCUGAGACCCGGGCAUCUCUCUCUGACCAUGGACGUGUCAGCGCUGGGCAGUGGGAGCAGCUGUUCAGAGGAUUGUGUGCUAGGGUCUGGCUGUCUGGAGGACUGUGGGAACCAGAGUGACCAGACUGACUGGGAAUGGGAGGACUUCAGUGGGGCUGAGCUGGUGUGUGUGACAGCCGUGUGUGUGCUGCUGCUGGCCCUGGGCAUCGCAGGAAAUAUGUUAACCAUCCUGGUAGUUUGGCUCCGGCCACACCUGAGAAGCACCACCUACCUCUACCUGAGUAGUAUGGCUGUCUCCGACCUCCUCAUACUGCUUCUGAUGCCUUUAGAUCUGUACUACAAGCUGUGGAGGUUCCGGCCCUGGGAUCUGGGUGAUGCAUUGUGUAAGCUGAGUGUGUUCAUCAGUGAGAGUUGUACCUACUCCUCCAUCCUCCACAUCACCGCCCUUUCUCUGGAGCGCUACCUCGCUGUCUGUCGACCACUCACAGCCAAGACCCUGGUCACACGGACCCGCGUCCGCACUCUCAUUGGCUGCCUGUGGGUUGUGGCCGUGAUCAGCGCUGGGCCGGUGUUUGCUAUGGUAGGGGUAGAGGAGCUGGGGGGAGGUGAGGGGGAGAGCGAGUGUCGCUGUACGGACUACGCCGUCUCCUCAGGCCUGCUGGGGGCCAUGAUGUGGCUCUCCAACCUCUACUUCCUGGUGCCGCUGGGCAUUCUGGGAGUUGUGUAUGGUCUAAUCGGCAGGAAGCUUUGGCUCCGCCCACAACGCAGCAGCCGAGACCGCGCCCAGCGACACACCAUCAAGAUGCUCGGGAUGAUCGUGCUGGCGUUUGUUCUGUGUUGGCUGCCGUUCCAUGUUGGUCGGACGUUGUUCUCUCUGACUCUGGGCUCCAGCGCUGAUAUGUACUACAUCUCUCAGUACUUUAACCUGGUCUCCUUUGUGUUGUUCUACCUCAGUGCUGCUGUCAACCCUAUCCUCUACAACACCAUGUCAGCACGCUACCGCCACGCUGUCCGCAGCCUGCUGCGCUCACACACACCCCGCUCCCACCACCCCCCACUCACCCCACAACACUCUACCACCACUCUGUAACUCACACACACCCCGCUCCCACCACCCCACAACACUCUACCACCACUCUGUAACUCACACACACCCCGCUCCCGCCACCCCCCACUCACGCCACAACACUCUACCACCACCCUGUAACUCACACACACCCCGCUCCCACCACUCCCCACUCACCUCACAACACUCUACCACCACCCUGUAACUCACACACACCCCGCUCCCACUCACCCCACAACACUCUACCACCACUCUGUAACUCACACACACCCCGCUCCCACCACCCCACAACACUCUACCACCACUCUGUAACUCACACACACCCCGCUCCCACCACCCCACAACACUCUACCACCACUCUAACUCACACACACCCCGCUCCCACCACGCCACAACACUCUACCACCACUCUGUAACUCACGGACACACACACACACACACACACACACACAGAAAACCUUGGAGAUGGAUGGAGGAAUAAGACUUUGUUUAGAGGCACAUUGUCUUUAGUGAGACAUAUUGUCAGAUUUAUUGUAUAAUAUUUGGUUCAUAUAUAUUUGCCAUUUUGAUGACUGUUGGUUCUAAACCCCUGAAGGUGUGUGUGUUCUCAGAGUGAUGUGUAAUAAACUGUAAUUCCA